AUGGCCUUAAACAACCACCGAGAGCUUGGUACAACAAGAUUAAUUGACUCCUUCUUUAUUGAUAGUGGCUUUGAAAGGAGUCCUAAUGAGCCAACUCUUUAUGUUAACAAGCAAGGUAACUUUGAUUUUCUUGUGGUUUGCCUUUAUGUUGAUGACAUAAUACAUAUGGGUUCUAAUGAAGUUCUUGUGGAGGAGUUCAAAACAUGCAUGAUGCAUAAGUUUGAGAUGUUAGAUUUGGGUUUAUUACAUUAUUUUCUUGGAGUUGAAGGGGUUCAGUGUGAAGAAGGAAUUUUUAUUUCUCAGCAGAAGUAUGGAGUUAAUUUGUUAAAGAAGUUUAAUAUGCUUAAAUGUAAGCCAGCACCUAUUCCUAUGAAUGUUAAUGAGAUACUCAUAAGUGAAGAUGGUAUUGGUUUCGCUAAUGCAAGACAUUAUAGGAGUGUAGUUGGUGGUCUUAUUUACCUAUCUCACACUAGACCUGAUAUAUCAUUCUCUAUAAGUAUUAUUUCUAAGUUCAUGCACAACCCAUCACUACAACAUUAUGGUGCAGCUAAGCAAAUUUUGAGAUAUGUUGCUGGAAUGACUAAUCAUGGAAUUUGGUAUACAAAAAAGGAAGAUUUUAGAUUACUCGGUUAUUCCGAUAAUGAUUGGCCAGGCUAUAAAGAGGAUUGA